AUGCAAGCUGGGUUUUUGGUUCACGAUGAUCUUAUUGAUGGAUCGACAAUGCGGAGAGGUCAGACCGCCUGGGGCCUUCUUCAGAAAAUUGAAGGCCAUGGACUCAUUGGCAUUAAUGACGGACUUCAUCUGUAUAUAUCAGUUCAACAACUCAUCGUAGCAGCUCUCAAUCGUUCACCCCUCCGCAAUAAAUGUUUCCAAAUUCUGGAACUCUUUGGCGAUUGCGCAAAUGCUACAUGCUUUGGACAAGCUUUAGAUAUGCUUGGUAAUGUGCAAGUAGGACUUUGUAGUGGGAAUGACGGAAAUGCAGAUAAAGAUAGGUCGCCUCAAUAUUUCCCUAAAUUGACUAGCAAUCGACUCGGCGGCAUGACAGUCGACCGUUUUGCUACUAUAGCAAAGUGGAAAACAAGUCAUUAUAGUUUUGUUCUUCCAGUUAUCGCUGGAAUGCUAUUGGACGACUACUUGGAUGUCUAUGGAGAUGAACAAGUUACGGGCAAAGUUGGCACCGACAUUGCAGAAGGGAAAUGCAGUUGGCUAAUCGCUACGGCUCUAGAAAAAGCAUCUGAUGAACAGCGAGCUAUCCUCAAUAGGAAUUAUGGGAUUCGCGACACUUCUUGCGUGAGUGCAGUCAUCAAGGUGUUCGAUGAACUUGAUUUGCCGAGCAUUUACUCAAAUUAUGAGAGUCGAGCCUACGCAGAUAUUCUGGGGCUUAUUGAUGAGGUUAGUUCUGAAGGGGAGCUCGUGGAUUUGAGUGACCCAAACGCAACAAAGUUGCCGAAGGAUUUCUUGGUUGAGGUCGCACACCUUUUCUAUCGACGAAAGAAGUGA